CUGUAUAACAGUCAGAUGAUCUCCGGCGGUUCGACGCGAGGGACUACCGCACGCCCGUAAGCCACACGCGCAGACCUCCUUGCAAUCGCGCCACCGAAAGUUACAAAACGAGUGAUAAAAAACAAAAAAACUGUGAAAAAUAUAUAAGUGUUAGUGCACCACUGUAGUUCAGACAAUCAGGAACCAUGAAAAGGUGAUAAGUCAAGGAAUAUUGGUUUCGGGAACAAAUUAAGAAGACUGUAAACUUUCGCAGCAUUUUAUACAAAAAGGCAAAAUGAAGCGUUUACAAAAGUGCUGUUGUUGCGCCUCAACGCGGACUGGUACUCUCAUAACUGCGUCACUUGGAAUCAUCUUGUCUAUUGCGACUAUCAUCACGAUAUGGGUGGCGGACAGACAUUAUGUCUCCUACAGAACGUUCAUUUUUGCGGAUGACUUCGACAAGAAGCUUUCAGAUAUGGACAUUCCGAGAAUAUUCCUCACAGUCAACUUGUGCUUUACAAUUUUGAUAUGUGGACUUCUUAUUAUCGCAGUGUUAAAGAGACGUUCCUGGCUGAUGCUACCCUGGGUGGUGUUGGGUAUAGUGCUCGCCAUCGGGUUGCUGAUCAGCAUACUCCACACCUCCAUCACGUAUUACCUCGACGGACAACAGCACGCUCUCAUAGCUACGCUUAUACUCAUCGGUGGACUUAUUUAUUUGUGCAUAUACCUCUACCUCUGGGCAGUUGUAUUCAGCCAAUACUUGGACGUGCGCGACGAAGAAGAACGGGGAAGAUAUCGAAAAGCUCCUUACAAACGAUAAGCUUGCGUAACCAGUCAUUAACGUUAAUAAUAUUAUGACUUAAUGUAUUUAAUAAUAAGUGCCUUAUCAAUAACAGUGAUUAAAUAAGUACACCGCAGUUCGUAGAUGACAUAGAUUUAUAUAAGAUAAUAUACUAUAUUUUAACGAUCAUAUAGUUAUUACUACACUGACUGCAAGAAGCCCUAAUAUACCAUUAAAGGUGCACCGGGAAAUAGGAGUGAGUCUUUUAACUCGAGGCCAUAUCUCAUAUUAAAAAAUAUGGUAAGCUAAAUGAUGUCUUAUUUUGAAAUGUAUUCAUUUAACAAGGAUAUUACCGGAGUAAUUGUUGUUUUUACAUAUUAUUAAUGUCUAUCUAAUUUAUAAUAAGUAAAUAACUAAUUACCUACGAAUGACUGAGAAACUCUCAUAUCUUAAGUUAUUUUUAAGUUUUAUACUUACAUUAUAUUUCUCUUUAAUAAUAAUAAAUAAUUAAGAAGAGAUGUCUACUAUUUGAUUGCUUACAUGAGCAAUAUACCUACGAAAAUGUUUAACUAUAAUAAGACGCGCAAUUUUAAUUUGUGUGUGAAAGUGUUUUGAUGUGGUUAAGGCUGCCCGCACACGGUUAGGUAUUGAUAAAUAUUAUUGACAAUAUUAUAAAUCAAUACGUACUUCAAUUCCUCAAUAGGCCCCCCACAUAGGCAAUAAUAUUAUUGAUAAUAUUCAGGUAAUUGUCGGUAAUAUUUACGUGUGGCGGAGAAUGGUGGACUCAAUUGGACGGUAGUCUGCAUAAAAGUUAUAAUUUUCUUUUUAUUUUCCACACUGUAUACUACCGUAUGUACUUUUUAGAUACCACAGUAUUCUAGGCAACUAUGGUUUCUUAAGGCAAAUAUCCAAGGUGUGGUCUUUUGCCAGACAUAAAGAGCUUAUUUUUAUACAUAGGCAAGAAAUGUUGUAAUUAUGUUGUAGUACCUACUAGGUUACCAGAAUAUUAUAGCUACUGAACUACCGAAUUGGUACAUAUGUUAUAUAUAUAUAUGUACUUAUCUAUACUUGUAUUUGUUUACUUAGAUUUACUUGAUUUGCACAAUAUUUCGUUUAUGUAAGUUAUUAAGUAUAAAGUAUUGUAUUAAAUAUUGUAACUUAUUGUAUACAUAUUCAUAAUAUAACAUUUAUGUUAA